AUGGCCCAAAAAGCACGCAAAGACCGAGCCAAGUCCAACGCGGCAGCGCUCAACAACCUGCACAUCGGGUCGCUGAUUGUCAAUGGCGUCUUUCUCCUCCUGCACUUCGUCUUCAGGGCACGCUCACUCCUCCUCUGGUUCAUUCUCUCGCUCCCCAGCUUUAUCUGCCAAUUCGCACUGGAGAGGACCGGACGCCCCAGCUAUGACCCCGCCACUAAGGCUCUCAAGUCCUCUGGGGAGGACCUCAGCGCGGCUGGGCUGACCGAGUACAUGUUCGACGUGAUUUGGGUUACCUGGGCCGCGGCGAUCCUCGUGGCCCUGUUUGGCAACUGGGCUUGGUUUUUCUGGGGAAUUGUUCCCGCCUACGGCAUCUAC